UUGAAAUGUACAGUUUAUGAAACUUCAAAAAUGCCCGUAUCAAUCAAAAAAGUCUAAAGUGAAACUACCUUCUAUUUUUUAUCAUGCUCUACUUCAUAUAAACUUCGACUAAAUUUGUUUCAUAUUACAAGGUUGGCAAUUCCGAUUUCUUAUAGAAAUGGUUUUGUCUUUUUCUACCUCACAGCUUUUCUAACAGUUGUAGAUUAUUGAGAAUAGCGCAGAUUAAGCCAAUAGGUAAAUGAUAUUCGAAAUAAAAUAGUAGACUUUUUAUUUGAGAAAAUAUAGUUCGCUUUUAUGGGACGUUUCUUUAUUUGGUGUUAACCGCUUGAAAAAUUGUCGCAGAAUGUAAGAAACCAGUAUGCUAUAUGUGAGUGCGUUCACAAACCAGUGUUGUCCAAUGUAUCGACUUUGUUUGGUACAAAGUAUAUUGUGGCGAAUACUGCGGCAACAAAGUCGAGGCUAAGAUGGGCGAGUUGGAAGGUCGACUCCGAGACUUGCAGUUGAAUCGUCCAGCUACUUCGACGAACGCUCCCAAGGUAAAGACUCCAUCCUUUGACGGCACAAUUCCUUUCCAGGUCUUUAAACUCCAAAAACCGGCUGCAGCAAAUCAUUGGAGCAUGGAGGAUAAUUCCGCUGCACUAUUCCUUGCAUUGAAAGGACCUGCAGCAGAAAUCUUGCAGACUAUUCCCGACUGUGAAAGGAACAGUUACGAUGCGUUGAUGAGUUCCGUGGAGAGACGUUACGGUAGCGAGCACAGGAGACAGAUUUACCAGAUGGAGCUGGAGAACCGCUGCCAAAAAGCCAACAAGACUCUACAAGAAUUCGCCUCAGAGAUCGAGAGGUUGGCUCACUUGGCUAUUGGAGACGCAUCUGGUGAGCACCUCGAAAGGGUAAAAAUCCAGAUAUUCAUCAACGGAAUGCGGGACGUGUAUACCAAAUGUGAAAUGAUUGCAUCGACUUCACCUUUGUCGUUGGUUACUAUUAAACCAUCAUCCACGUAA